CUCCUUGGCUUCCUCCUUUUCGUCCACCAUGUCUGAGAAGAUUAUCACCUACGAAGAGCUCCGCGCUCAUACGACAAAGGACUCCAUUUAUCUCCUUAUCAGUGGGAAAGUGUACGAUGUCACCAAAUUUCUCGAUGAACAUCCUGGAGGAGACGAAGUCAUCCUAGCUGAAGCAGGUCAUGACGCGACGGAGGGUUUCGAGGAUGUUGGUCACUCGGACGAGGCCAGGGCGCUCCUUCCCGGUUUGUUUAUUGGUGAAUUUGACAAAGAUAGCGGUCUGGACAUCAAGUCAGGCGCAGCGGCCGCUCAGGCAUCGAGGAUAUCUGGUGCUGUUGAGCAGGGCUCCAAUUUGAUGUAUUUUGUCCCGCUCGCACUGUUGGGGGCUUACUUUGCCUGGAGAUUCUACGCAACAGGAUCUGUAUGAUUGCAUGCAGCGUCUCAACACAUUAAUAAUGUCAUCCCUUGUUUUCAUGUACUUAUUCCAUUGUUCCCGAUACUCUUCCAUUUCUUCGCUGCCCACAUCUUCAAGGGCCCCGUG